AUGACGUUGACCAGAAGUGUCGCGACCAGAGUUGUCGCUGACCCGAAACGCCGUAGCGCCAAUAAAUGUAAUUUUUUCUUGUUUUUGCACGCCUUUUGGUGUGCAAAAAAAAGGUACCCAACGCAAUACUCCAGACCCCAUAGUACUUUCCUUGUUAAAUUAAAGCUGGGCUAAAAAAUUUUUUAACUAGACUACGCUAACAGGGGUGUUUAUUUCCUCACGUUCAAAGUGUAAUGUACAUCCAGAGGAACGACAGAAAAAAAUUUAUCUGAAAGCGUUCUCUUGGGUUUAUAAGUCCAAUUAAAAACAGGGCAGAUGACAACCGAGAAGAAAGAGUAACGAUUUGUUGAUGUUUUGUAUAGAAGAAGGGAGUAAAAUAACCGAAAAAGUCUGAUUGACUCGUUAUUUCCAGUGUUCUAUUUUUCUUUGAAAGAGGUUUUUCCGAAAAAGGUCGGCCUAUCGUAAGAGCAAGGGUUAUCAAUCCAUGUUGACGUCUUUUCUGAUAAGAAUGGCGCGAAUAUCAGAACUAUGCAUAAUAUCUCCCGGGAAGUCGGUUUAACCUUAUUUGGAGCUUUUUAUAAAUGGACACCCUCAAUGGGAGGGACAAAAAAAUCGAUGAUGAAUUCUGGUAUUUAAGAGCAGCGACCCUUUGAUGCAUUCCAGUUGAUAGAAUACUAAAAUUAAGGACAACGUUUAUUCAGGGGGCAUGAAGGGCAUCGUCCUAUUUCUCUUUCUCCUAGCCCCAUCUUCGGAUGCCGACCCCUAUGAUGAUACGCACAACAUUGGCAGCAGGGAUUUGAUGGUACAUUUGUUUGAAUGGAAGUGGAAUGACAUUGCUCAAGAAUGUGAGAAUUUUCUUUCUAAAAAUGGAUAUGGUGCCGUUCAAGUAAGAUUAUGAAGAUCUAAAAAACAACUUUAUUGUCAGAUCUCUCCACCCAAUGAGCAUAUCAUGAUUAAUGAAAACAACGAUGUCCCUUGGUUUGUAAGGUAUCAACCAGUUAGCUAUCAGCUAAACAGCCGAAGUGGAAAUGAAACGGAGCUUCAGGAUAUGAUCCGACGCUGCAAUGCAGUUGGAGUCAGAAUCAUUGUAGAUGUUGUUCUAAAUCAUAUGGUGGGAGUCAACCAGAAGGCGGGACAAGAUAAACGAUGGUCUUCUGGUGCUUCUCAUUUCGAUGCUGCCCAGGGAGUUGAAUAUUUCCCUGGAGUCCCCUUUAAUAAAUCUGAUUUCAACGACCCGUUGUGUAAUCACGAUAUCGAAGGCCCGGAUUACCAACAUAAUGCCGCCCAUGUCAAGGAAUGCCGACUGGUUGGCCUGUUGGACCUGAACCAGGGAAAACCAGAAGUUCGCGAGAAGAUGAUUAAAUAUCUUAAUAACUUGAUCGAGUUUGGAGUUGCUGGAUUCCGUUUUGAUGCAUCAAAACAUAUGUGGCCAGAUCACUUAAAAUUGAUUUUGGACGGAAUGAACAACUUAAGAUCUGACGUAAGGCUUGAUUACAGUAGAAGGAUAUCUCUAUAGAUCUUCGGAGAAAACCAACGACCUUUCGUUGUCCAUGAAGUCAUUGACCGAGGAGGAGAAGCCGUUAAGGUCGACCAAUAUCUCGAAAUCGGAAGAUACACUAACUUCAAUUUUGGAGCAGCCGUUGCAUCGGCGAUUAGAAAAGAAUUCGACGUUGCGUAGGUCAUAACGCUAAUUAGAAGCAAUUUUUUAAAGCGAGCUUCGUAAUAUGGGAGACGGAUUUCGCUACGGUAAUAAAGAGUCUUUUAAUGUACUAAACUUUAUCGACAACCAUGAUAAUCAAAGAGACGAAUAUCCAUAUGUGGUGACAUAUAAGAAUCAAGGCCAAUAUGUCCAGGCAGUUGCAUAUAUGCUUGCUUGGAAUUACGGUUACCCAAGAAUCAUGAGUAGCUUCAAUUUUUCGAAUUCUAUCCAAGGCCCUCCAAAUAAUGGACCGGAAGUACGAUUCAGCAUAAAAUCUCCGCAAUUCGAGGCUGAUGAUACUUGUAAAACUUCAAGUGGGUGGGUUUGUGAGCAUCGCUGGCCUCAGAUCCGACGAAUGGCCAAAUUCAGGGAAGAGGUCGGCUCGGCAACGAUUUCCGAAAUACGGACAGGACCUCAUAUGCUGGCGUUUGCUCGUUCUGGCCGCGGAUUCUUUGCUUUGAACAACAACCCUGGGGAAUUCAUUGAGUAAGGAUAAAAAGGAAACCCUAAUGUGUGUUUAGACAAAAUGUGAUGACCACAUUGCCUCCGGGUCUUUACUGUGACCUUUCAUCAGGACUGAAGGCCCAGGGAGUCUGCACCGGGAAGUUUAUAAAUGUCACCUCGAACGGUAAGUUAUAUUUUAUAUUGUACUAAAACCGAACCUUGAAUUACAGGUUCCGCCGACAUUUAUAUCCCCGGACACAACUUCUUGGCCAUUUCUCUCUCAAACAGAUUGUAA